AUGAAGGGCGAAUUGGCAGUUGAUGCUGCCACGGCACCCAUGGGCCCCAAAGCAAUGAAGCGCUACUUUCGCGAGAGCAACCAACCGUCUACCUUGACCAUAGAGAGAGUCAUGUGCACCGCCGGGCCUAUAGACGCGCACAAAUACACCCGCCCUCGCGCACCAGCCACCACCGCCACAGCACCACUCUUGCAAUCACCAAUUUUCCCACCAGAGGAGCUCCUCGCCUUCAUAGGGUCUCGCCCUGGGGCCCUGAGCAUCACACCACGAGUCUUCAAUGACUCAGCAGCCCUGAUGGUCUAG